UAUUUCAAGUGUUAGGAAUCUCCCGAGUCACCCUCCAGGCGUUAAUGUCACUGGUGUGCGUGGGUCCAUCUGUCUGCCAUCAGUGGAGAGGCAGCCUACCUGCCGAGCAGACACCAGGAGAGAGGACACACAGACCUGGACCUGGUCCUUGUUGCACAAGAGCAGUGUGUAGAGGUGACUGCCACAAGAUGUCACACCAAACUGGAAUUAACGCAACAUCUGAGCUGAGUCAGUUUCUGGCCGGGGCGAAGGGAGGUGCCAUCAGAAUCAUGAAGAUUGUCAUCAGAAAUGAGGAGUUGGUGUUAGAUUCAUUCAGAGAGCCUGCAUACAGCUGGGACAGAGACUACGACCAGUGCCUGCUGCCCCUGCUACCGCCUCGGGAGCCCUGCUACAUCCUCUAUCGUCUGGACUCCCAGAAUGCACAGGGAUACCAGUGGGUCUUCAUUGCCUGGUCACCUGACCAAUCAGCAGUGAGGCAAAAGAUGAUGUAUGCAGCGACCCGUGCCACACUGAAGAAAGAGUUCGGAGGAGGUCACAUCAAAGAUGAAAUGUUUGGCACAGUCGAGGAGGACGUGUGCUUCCAGGGAUACCUGCGUCACAUGUCGUCCUGCUCCUCCCCAGCUCCUCUCACAGCUGCCGAGCAGGAACUGCAACAAAUUAAAUUCACAGAGGAUAAAGUUGUAUGGGAUGAACGUAGACGAACCGGGAAUCCAACCCCACGAGCCAAGGUUACAAUGGAGUUUGGCUUAGACAAAAGAGCACAGGCUCUUCAGGGCCUUGCAUUCCCGUUACAAGAAGAGGCCAAACGAGCUCUGCAGCAACUCAAGCAGAAACGCAUCAACUACAUACAACUGAGGCUGGAUGUCGAGCGAGAGACCAUCGAGCUGGUUCACACCAAACCCACAGAGACCCACGAUCUUCCCUACAGGAUCCCCACAGAUUCACCCAGAUACCACUUCUUCAUCUUCAAACAUUCCCACCAGGGUCAGCUGCAGGAGGCGCUGGUGUUCAUAUAUUCGAUGCCUGGCUACACCUGCAGUAUCAAGGAGAGGAUGUUGUACUCCAGCUGUAAGAACAGGCUACUGGACGAGGUGGAGAGAGACUACCAACUGGAGGUCACCAAAAAGAUGGAGAUAGACAGUGGCGAUGGUCUGACAGAAGACUUCCUGUACGAGGAGGUGCACCCGAUGGAGCACACCUUAAAGCAGGCCUUUGCCAAGCCGCGUGGACCAGGAGGCAAGAGGGGCAACAAACGCAUCAUCAAGGGCGCGGGGGAGAACGGCGAAGAAAGUUAGAUACUGUACACACGCAUAUAUAAACAAGUACACAAGAAGAAAACCGAUACCCGAUAUGUAUGAAUUGACUUGUUAUUUGACCGUUUAACUUCUAGCCAUUCCUUCUUUAUUUUUACUCAAGGACACACACACACACAAAGAUAGAUCCACCGUGAAUUAGAAAUGUGAAAAUGUGAAUAUUUUUGUGAAAUUAA